UGUCACAGACUCAUUGAAAAUUUAAAUUUUCAGGCUCUUCCCUUAAAUAACAAGCAUAAUGCUUCGUGACCUAACUAAAGACUGUCAGCUCGGUUGUUUUUCAUUAAUAGCAAGUUUUACAUAACAAAAUGAGAAAACUACUUUGCGAAGCUCUCACAGUAAUUUACCUUGACAUGCUGAAGAAACAAAACAAGCUCUUCAUCUAAACGCAUCUUCCCUUUACAACAAAUCGUGGUUGAAUUCCGACGCGCGAAGUUUAGAGUUUCUGAAUCAGAUCAGUUUAGAAAAUUGAGGUUUCGUGUGUCGAAUUCCGUUCUUAUGUUUUGACACUUUUAUAUUUUCUAAGUCAAAAUUUUCGUUAAGAAAAGUAAGGUAUCGAAUUCCAUUUUUGAGAUGGAUGGAAUUGUUUUUUUAAUUGCCUAAGUGUUAAGUUUCAGAAUGAUUUAAAUCGCGGUUGAAUUCUGACUUCAGAAAUUUUGAAUUUCUAAAUGAGAUCAAUCUUCAAAAUUUUAUACAUUGAAUUCCAUUUUUAGUGAAAAUUUUGAGUUUUAGCAUUUUCAUUUUUCAUAAAAAUAAAAUAAUAAAUAAUUAGUUCAAAAUUGGUGUUUCCAAUAGAUUACAUGUACAAAUUAAAGAACAUAUUGUAAAAGUUGUGUAUAAUUCUAUACAGGACAAUGAAACACAUUUGUCAAUAUAUAGUUUAUUUUUUGAUGCUGACCAUUUCUUUGGCAGUUGAACUCCCAAGAAUAAAUGAAGCAUAUGAAUCAGCAAAAUAUUUUGAAAAUACCAAGAACUUACAAGAAGCGGCAAAAAAAGAGAGACUCCUAAAGACAAAUAACUCAAUUAAAAAUGACAGCAAUUUUAAUGUAGCACUGUAUACAUGGUUUCCGUGGUUUGAAGAAAUUACUAGUGAUCCUCUAAAGUCAAAUACACUGCCAACGAAUGAUAGUUCAACUGAAUUCAUUUCAAUAGCAGGAAUUGGGUAUUGGCAAGAAAUUAAACUUCACAGCACAAAUCACAAUCAUAGGAAAACCAAUACUAUAACCCACUUGAGUUCUACAUCUGCACUGGAAGGAAGAGAAGCAGGAUCAUCUAUUCCUUUUCUGAGAAAAACAACUAUUUUAGCAAUAAUAAUAGCAAGAUUUUGCUAUUUUUUCAUGAUGUUUUAAGAGUGUUACAUAUAACCUAUGCUAUAAAUAUUAUCAGAGCAGUUUGUUUUUUGAAAUGAUACAUUGCAUUAGGUUGUUGUAUAUGAAAUGCCCCUUUCUUGACUGCAAACACAAAAAAAAAAUAUAUAAAUUGAAAAAAACAUUUAAUUUUUCUCUUAAAUUAGGAAAAGUCUUCCACUUUAUGAAAUCCGUGCCUUAUUUCAGAUUAAAAUUU